UAUACGUGCACCUUUCAUGAUCUUGUGCUUGCCACAUUUCAUUUAAUUUCUUGGAUCAUAAUAACGCAACCAACCCUUUUUUGUCUCUUCUUCCUAAAUCCAGAUGGAAGCAAAGACUAAGCCAUUGUUGGUUGUAUCUCUUCUCCUACUGGCUGCAAAUUGUGUUCAUGGAGAAUCCCAUGUACCUUGUGUUUUUAUCUUUGGGGACUCUCUAUCUGAUAAUGGAAACAACAACAACCUUCCAACAUAUGCAAAAUCCAAUUACAGACCAUAUGGCAUCAACUUCCCAAAUGGCCCAACCGGAAGAUUCACUAAUGGACUAACCACAAUUGACUUUACUACUCAACUUCUGGGAUUUGAGAAAUUCAUCCCACCCUUUGCCAACACCAGUGGCUCAGACAUUCUCAAGGGUGCUAACUAUGCAUCCGGAGCAGCUGGGAUUCUCUUUGAGUCCGGCAAGCAUAUGGGUGAAAAUAUCCAUUUGGGAGCACAGUUGAUAAAUCACAGAGUCAUAUAUUCCAGAAUUGCGAUGAGACUUGGAGGUUCUGAGAAAGCUGAACAGUAUCUUAACAAAUGCUUAUAUUACAUGAAUAUAGGAAGCAAUGAUUACAUAAAUAAUUACUUCCUUCCCAACUUUUACCCAGCAAGUCGCAUUUAUACCCCUCUCCAAUUUGCGAAUCUUCUUAUUGACCAAUACUCCGGACAUAUACAGAUGGUUUUGUGGGGCACGCAGAGUCUGCGCGAAGUUGGGGCAAGAAAAAUGGUGAUUGUUGGGUUAGGUCUUAUGGGAUGCACUCCAAAUGCCUUUGGUAGGUAUAAGACAAAUGGAACUUGUUUUGAAGGGUUGAACGAUGCUGCGUUCAUGUUCAAUAACAAGCUUAACUCUCUGGUGGACCAACUCAACACCAAUUUCUCUGCUGAUUCCAAAUUCAUCUUUAUAAACAGCACAGCUGGAAGCCUCGACAGUUCACUUGGUUUCACUGUCGUGGAUGCUCCUUGUUGCCCUUCUGGGGAGAAUGGACAGUGCAUUCCUAAUGAGACACCAUGCCAAAAUAGCACUGCAUAUGUGUUUUGGGAUGAAUUCCAUACCACGCAAGCUGUCAACCGUUACACUGCAAUAGGUUUAUAUAAUAAUAUCAAGUUCCUCUUUCAGGCUUGAUCACUUCCAGUUCAUGACAUUUUAUAUGUUCAUGACCAAACAAUAAAUAAGGGCCUUUUAUGUAUAUAUAUAUAUACUAUUCUAAAUAAAUUCAUAUCAAUAUUUGA